GGGAACUAUCUUGACUCUUGAGUGGACGCUCUUUGAUGGAAACCGUGGGAUCGCUCUAAUUGGCGGCUGUAAAGAGAAAGUUAGUAUUUAUUUCGCUUCGAGGUUUCAUUGGCAGAGAAAGUCGGAGAUUAUUCAGUGCCCUGUUUAUCCUCAAGUAGCGCUCUGUUUGUUUUUUUACUUUCAUAGAAAACUCACAACUCGUUGACAAUGUCUUUUAACAAAGGUCCUUCCUUCGGACUAUCAGCGGAAAUCAGAAACAAGAUCGCACAGAAGUAUGACAUUCAGAAAGAGGAGGAGCUAAGGCUCUGGAUUGAAGAACUCACAGGCGCUUCCAUUGGCCCGGACUUCCAGAAAGGCCUGAAGAGUGGAGUCAUUUUGUGCAACCUUAUCAACCAUCUUGCCCCAGGCUCUGUGAAAAAGAUCAACCAGUCGACACUGAACUGGCAUCAGUUGGAGAACCUGACCAACUUCAGCAAAGCCACCACACAGUACGGCCUGAAGCCUCAUGACAUCUUCGAAGCCAACGACCUGUUUGAGAACGGCAACAUGACGCAGGUCCAGACAACACUGCUCGCGCUGGCUAGCAUGGCCAAGACCCUGGGCUGUCACUCACGGGUGGACAUUGGGGUGAAGUACGCUGACAAGCAGGAGAGGAUGUUUGACGAGAAGAUGAUGAAGGCUGGCCAGUGCGUAAUUGGCCUACAGAUGGGGACCAACAAGUGCGCCAGUCAGGCAGGUAUGAACGCAUAUGGCACCAGGAGGCACUUGUAUGACCCUAAAGUUCAAAUCCAGCCCCCCAUGGACAACACCACCAUCAGCCUGCAGAUGGGAACCAACAAGGGGGCGAGCCAGGCCGGGAUGACUGCUCCAGGGACAAGACGUGCCAUUUACGACCAGAAGCUGUGCACAGACAAGUGUGACAACAGCACCAUGUCUCUUCAGAUGGGCUACAGCCAGGGAGCCAACCAGAGUGGCCAGAACUUUGGCCUGGGUCGGCAGAUCUAUGACGCAAAGUAGUGUCCUAAAGCUGCGAGGUUGCAGAAGACUCAAAACGGGGCAGCUGUCGCCCGUGACUAUAUCCCGGAUUUCCAAGAUGAGGGUUACCAAGGUUACAGGAAGAAGAGCAGGUGUACCAGAAGAUGGGACUGAUCACUAGAAGUAAGAAGGGAAAGAGACGUCUGUCUAAUGGAGGCAUGUUCUGCAGAAGGAAAACUCUCAAAAGCUCACAGGAUGUUGCACUUCUUUGGUCAUGUACUUUUUAGUAUGAACUUGUUUUUCUUACCUUGUUUGUUGCAAAACCAUGUUACACAUAUCAUGAAACUGUAUUUCUGUGAGUUUUGUAUUUACCAGAAAAGCCAAUCUUUUGGCAUAGCUUUUUUUUUUUUUAAAAGAUCCCAGGGAUUUUUAUUGAUGUGCCAAGUCCUAUUCUUCUUUCCCCUCCUCCUCUCUCCUGUCAUUAGUUGCACAAAGGGAGCCUGUUUUUGUAAGAAGUGGACACAUUGGGAGAUUCCUUUUUUUUUUUUUUAAAUGUUUAUACGUAUUUUUAUUUUUUUUUAGAAACUUGCAUCCUGUUUUUAUCUGUAAUCGCUGUAUUCAUCUGUUAGAAAAUAUAAUUCCUGUGAAUGAUGUAAAUUAUCAAAUGUGUUUGUCUUAUCUUCAUUCCCUCAGUAUUGGGUCAUUGACAGACAGUAGUGGAGCACUUUUGGUUGUUCAGACAGAUGAGGGAACAAAAUAUAUAAUUUGUCUUCUCUCAUUCAUUUCACUUAUUUUAUUUUUACUGGAGGAAAUAUUUCCUCUGUUUGCAUAACCAGUCCAACUGAGUAAAGCUUGUUUCCUUGGAAUAAAGAUGGUGGGGGAGGACUUAAAAUAACACAACGGCGGUUUUAAACAUUCCAAGCAAGAAUACUGGAUUCUCUUGUGUCAGUGAAUAAGUCUUACAUAUUGGUUGAUGUGCAAACCAAUCACACACUCAUGUGUACCUUGACGCUGAAUAGCAUUUGCUAUUGGACUAGUCUUUUUCCUCUGGCAUAGUCCAGGCAGUGGAAGAAAAUGUUUGUUUUUGUGAAUACGGUGUAAUAAAGAUGUGUAUUCAUUA